AUGUGUUCUUGUUCGCUACCAGUACCAAAACUAGUGCAAACAGCACAAAAGUAUCUGAAAACCGUAGCACCAUUAUUGAACAAUGAUGAGUUUAACGAAACGAAAAAAGUUGUUGAUGAAUUUCUUCAAGAAGCUGAACCAUUACAACAACUGCUAUUAAAACGUGCCGAUACCGAAAUCAAUUGGUUAUCUCAAUGGUGGUUAGAUCAAACGUAUUUAUUGUGGCGUGGUAAUUUACCAAUUUAUUAUAAUCCGGGUGCUUUAUUUCCAAAACAAAAGUAUCGAAAUUUCGAUGAACAAUUAAAAUUUGCAGCGAAUUUUAUUUAUGCUCUAUUAAAAUAUCGCAAAUUAAUUGAUAAUGACUUAUUACCAAUUGAUCGUGCGGGUACACAAAUGCUUUGUAUGGAUCAACAUACAAAAGUGUUUGGUACUUGUCGUAUUCCUGGUGAGAAAAUUGAUCGUUUAUGUUUAUACGAUAAAAACAUCAAGAACACGAAUAUGUAUCGUCAUGCAGCAUUAUUUUAUAGAAACAAUAUUUAUCGUCUUCCAUUGUAUGAUGAUAAUAAUAAUGAGUUAUCACCGUCUUCUCUCUAUUCGUUACUAAAUAAUUUAUCAAAUGAUGAAUGUGGACAGUUGAUUGGACAUUUAACAGCUGAUGAAAGAAGACAUUGGGCACCAAUAUAUAAAGAACUUACUUCAGAUCCUAACAAUGAUUUAUUAUUUGAUACAAUACAUAAUAGUCUAUUUGUUGUCUGUAUUGAUGAUAAAGAAAUAGAAUCGAAAAAUUAUAAAAAUAAAAACAGUAAAACAUUGGCAGCAUUAAACUUUUUUCAUGGUGGUGUCACCAAUACGUCUAAUCGAUGGUUUGAUAAAACAAUACAACUAAUUAUUGCUCCAAAUGGUUAUGCUGGUAUCAAUUACGAACACAGUUGUGCUGAAGGUGGACCAAUAAUGGCAAUGAUAGAUUAUUCACUUGAAUAUUGUCAAAAUGCUUCAAUACCCGAACUUGUUCGUACUACAUCAUCAUAUACUAAAGUUCCAAUUAGUAUUCCAAAACAUUUAGAACAACAGAUAAUUGAUAGUCGAAAGAGAGUUGACAAAUUAAUAGAAAAUUUUGAUGUAACUAUUGUCAGUUAUGCUGAAUUUGGAAAACAAUUUGCUAAACUGAAUAAAUUGUCAAUCGAUGCUAUUAUUCAAGUUGGUUUGCAAUUAGCUUAUUUUAGAAUGCAUGGAAAACCAGGCGUAUGCUACGAAAGUGGAUCAUUAAGAAAAUUUCAUUUUGGAAGAACGGAGACAAUUCGUUCAUGUACAAUUGAAGCACAACAGUUUAUCCGUUCAAUGCUAGAAAAACAUAAUGAAACAACACAAGAAACAAAAUAUCAAUUAUUGUUGAAUGCUAUACAAGCCCAUCGAAAAUAUACAAAUGAUGCAAUAAAUGGUCAAGGUGUUGAUCGUCAUUUACUCGGUCUAAAAUUAAUAUCAAUUGAAAAUCAUUUGCCUCUGCCAGUUUUAUAUAAUCAUUUUAGUUAUAAGCGUGCAAUGCAUUUUGUAUUAUCAACGAGUCAGAUAGCAUCGAAACAUGAAUGUGUAAUGCUAUUUGGCGCAGCAGUUAACGAUGGAUACGGUUUUUGUUACAAUCCAUUAAACGAUCAAAUAUUGUUUAUGAUAUCAACAUAUAAAUUAAACAAUAAUGAUACAGAUGCUGAACAGUUUUCACAAUAUAUUUGUUCAAGUUUGAGCGCUAUUCAACAAUUAAUUAAAUCGAAUGCAAAUGAAUUAAAAUCAAAAUUAUAA